AUGAAGGACUGGUGGUCCUUUGAGUGGAUUCGCGCGCAAGUUCUUCAAGAGGAGUUUUGGAGGAAGGAGCUGACCGCCGCUGCCAGUGAAGGUGGAGGUUCAGCCUACGGCAUGAAGGGCUUCAAGGGGCGUGGCAGCAAGAAAGGGAAGGCCAAGGAAGGCUCUGGAGGGGAGCAGCAUUUGGGAGGGAAGCGUGGCAACAAGGGAGGCAAGCAGUGUGGCGGCAAGUGUUGGUAUUGCCAUGUGGAAGGGUACCCAUGGUUCAAGUGCCGCAAGCUACCUGACGGCUGGAGGCCUGGUCAGCCAUCAAUUGAGGGCUCCAAGGGUGUUCAUGGAGCUAUGGGAGAAGGCGUGGGCAGUGAGGAGGGCGAUGGAGGUGCUGGCGGAUACGGCGAGGAUCUACUGGAUGAAGUUAGGCCAUCAAAGGCAGCCACUGUUGUUUCAGCCACCGGCCAAGUUGUACCCGUGCGUGGCGAGGGGAGAGCCAUGUUCAUGGGUGCGGAUGGGAGGCUUGUGGGGCUGAAGCGUGUUCUCCUUGUUCUUGGAUUGUGUGCCAACCUCCUCUCUACCAAGGCCCUAAGUGAGGCAGGGAUGAAGAUGGAGAUGUUGGGCACAAAGGUUUUCAAGGCAACUCUGGAUGGGCGCGUGUUGUGGGACCUCCGAGGCGGCAAGGACAUGCACCGGUCCAUGUGGGAGAUACCGGUGCUGCCAUGGAAGGAGGCAGCUGCGCGCUUGGCUGCUGGAGGUGUGAGAGGAGGGCGUGUUAACCACGUGGACAAUGGAGGAGGUGGUGAUGAUAGUGAUGGUGGGCUCCUUGGGCAUGGAGGGGCUGAGUUACCAAGUGUAACUCCUAGCACGGGUGAGACGGAUUGGCUCACCGCACACUGUCGCUUUGGCCACGUGGCGCUACCUCAGUUGCAGCAGCUGUUCAAGGAGGAAAGAGUCAAGGGUCUGAUGAUAAAGGGGGAGCCCAAGGAGGUGGGAUCUUGUGAGACUUGCUUGACCAGCAAGUUUUCACGGUUUCCCUUCCAUUCGGUGGAGGGGAAGUCGAGUGACCCGGUGGAGCUCGUGCAUGUGGAUCUCGUGGGACCCAUGAAGGUGAAGGGAGAUGGUGGGGCCCUGUAUUCCAUGACCAUGGUGGAUGACAACACAAGGCUCACCUGGUCCUUUCCACUUGCAAAAAAAAGUGAUGCUGCAAGGAUCAUCAUUGAAGAGUGGCUGCCCUUGGUGGAGCGAGAGAGCGGCAAGCGGGUGAAGGCGAUUCGUAGCGACCGUGGUGGGGAGUUCUUGGGAGCGGAGUUCCGGAGCUGGCUGAAGCGGCACGGCAUCAAACAGCAGCUCACCACGGCCUACACUCCUCAAUCCAAUGGCGUGGCAGAGAGAGCGAACCAGACCAUCAUGGAGGGUGGGAGAACGAUGUUGGUAGACUCGGGUCUACCCUUACGAUUCUGGCCCCUCGCUAUUCGCCAUGCCACCGUCAUCAAGAACCGAGUAUUGACUCAUGUGGGAGGGCAGCAUUGGGUCCCUAUGGAGAAGUGGAGAGGCAAGAAGCCCCUGGUGGAUAUGCUUCGAGUCUUCGGGUGCAUGGGACUCGUGCACGUCCCUAAGGAGAAUUGUGACAAGCUUCAAGCGGCGGCGAUGUGGGCUGUUCAUUUGGGACUUGCACAAGGGGGCAAAGGGUGGCUCAUGUGGGACCCAAAAGCCAACACCAUCUUCACCACCAGAGAUGCCAAGUUCAUGGAGGGGCUCAUGUUCAAGGAGUGGUUGGAGCGAGGGAGGAGCAAGGUCACCAUUCCGCUCGGAAUAGUGGUGGGAACGAACGAUCCACUCCUCAUUCCCAUCGAGUUGUCUUCAUCUUCAGAGGUAACGGAGGUGUCACAUGACUUGGGAGGUGCUGAAGGGGAGGCAACAGAAGUGGAAGGAGUGUUGCAGCAAGAGGAGGCCCCUGUAGCUGAGAGAUGGGAUGCCGGGGAGGAGGUGCAGCAGCCAACAUCAUCCCCUUCACUUCCAUCAAGGCGGACAACCCAAGGGAAGCGUGGUGCUGUCCGCGGUGGAGUUAAGGAGGGUGCAGCCAAGGAGAGGCCCAAGAGAGCUGCUCACCCAAGGGAUUUCCUCAAGUAUGAAAGGCUUGGGGGUCCUAAGGCAUUGCUGGUCCAGGGGGAGGAAGAUGAUGAGGAGAAGGGAGCCGAGGGAGAGAUGGAGCAGAUUUGUUGCUUCGGUGUCAACUUACCUCAUGAACCGGCUUCAAUGGAGGAAGCACUUGCUGGAGAUGAUCUAGAGGCUUGGUUGGCUUCAAGGGAGGAUGAGUUUCAGAGCCUCAUGGAGAAUGGAACAUGGACCCUCACUAAUCUGCCCCCUGGAAGAAAGGCAUUGGAUUGCACGUGGAUAUUACGUGUGAAGACCGAUGCGGAGGGGAAGUUGGAGAGGCGCAAAACAAGACUUGUGAUCAAGGGCUUCCAGCAGAGGGAGGGGGUUGACUUCAAGGAGGUGUUUGCUCCUGUUGCCAAGGCUCCUACGCUCUGGGUGUUGCUAGCAGCAGCUGCUGUUUGUGGUUGGAAGGUGAAGCAAAUGGAUGUGAAGACGGCUUCCUCUAUGGCGUGGCUGAUGGAGGUGUUGGAGGCUCUUGGCUUCAAAGUCAGCGGGUGCGACGAGAGUCUCUUCAUGACCGAGGGGGAGGAGGAGAAGGUGUUUCUCCUUGUCUAUGUCGAUGACAUUCUCCUCUUCUCUCCAUCUCUAGAGAGGAUCAAGGAGGUGCAAGGGAAGCUGAAGGAGACCUUUCAAUGCAAGGCCCUUGGACCGGUGGGGUAUUACCUUGGUCUUCACGUGGAGAGGGACGAGGUGAAGGGAUGGUUGAGGCUUCACCAACACAAGUACCUUGCAGCCAUGGGGAAGUGGUAUGGGCUGGAGGAAGGGAGGAAUGUGAAGACUCCUCUACCCUCAGGGUUUCAGCUACACCUUGAUGAAGAGGAGGGUGAGGUCUUGGAGCCCGAGUUUCAGCGUCGGUUCCGGUCAAUGGUGGGGAGCUUGAUGUAUGCUUCGGUCAACACUCGCCUCGAUAUUUCAUUCGCGGUUUCGCAGCUGGCUCGUGUGGUGUCUAGGCCCCUUCAAGAGCACCUUGAUGCAGCAGAGAGGCUGGUGAGAUACUGCAUGGCAACCUCAAGGGUGGGGCUGCAAUAUUCAGUGCAUGGGCAGCUGAAGCAAAAGGGAGUGGAGGAGGUGAGCACAAAGACCGGUGCACCUGCAAGGCGUGGACACUUGUACCUCUCGUGCUUCACCGACGCUACAUGGGCAAGUGCCAUUAGUGAUGCAACAUCCCAUGGUGGCUAUGUAUGCUGUGUUGGAGGGAGUCCAGUGAGCUGGAAGUCUAAGAAGCAAGGGGAGAUAGCUCACUCAUCAACGGAGAGCGAGUACAUGGCGUUGUUUCAUGGGGUGAAGGAGGUGAUUUGGAUGAGGAGGUUGCUUGAGGAGUUGGGGCAGGAGCAAGAGGGCCCUACACCUGUGUUCUGUGACAGCCAAGGAGCAAUUGCAAUGGCUCGCAAUGCUGUGCUCCAUGGGCUGAACAAGCACAUGCAUAUCAAAUGGCAUUGGGUGAGGAAGGAGGUGAAGAAGGGCACGGUCUCCUUGCACUACAUCAACACUACCAAGCAACCUGCAGAUUUUUUUAUGAAGCGGCUUGCAGAGCAUCAGCAUUGGACCUGCGCCACCUUGUGUGGCAUGUCCUUCAACUAA